AUGAAUGGUGCUGCUGCGGAUGUCGCAGAGCCAGUGAUUCGAGACACUUGGAUUGCCAAGUGUCCUCUCGGAGAACUUCGAUCAAACCCUCGGAUCACAGCUCUGACCAAAGCCAGUGGCGACAUCUUGCCGGCUUCCCUCACGUCAUGGGACUUGUCACUGAGCAACAUUCAGCGCAUCGACGCCGACUUUGCCGUGCCUCAUAAAGUACGCUCUCUGAAGCUCCGCAACAACCUGACGCCGAUCUUCAAUUUGACGUUGCCGCCUCGUUUCAAGAUUCUCACGCUGGCCGGCAACCCCCUCGUGGACACGCGCAUCAGUCGCGCCAAGUUUAACAUUCUCAUCCAGUGCACCCACGUGUCGGCCACGACCCCGUUCAACUUUGAGCUGUGCGUCCUUACAGACCCGAACAACCUAAAGGAGAUGCAAGCCGCUCCGCUUUCGACCUUCAGGGCCUCAUUCGUGACCAGUGUGCUGCCCAUCCUAGGUGCCGCGGUCGGCGGAACCAUCCUCCUCGCCGCCCUCUUUUCGUCGCAAGAAGGGGACAUGGAGCACACCACGGCCGCCGACGGCAGUCCACCGGAUGAGACUGGAAGGAAGCUGUCUGCUUCGUCGGCGUGCGUUCUGAAGGACACAACCUGGUCCAAAGCCACCAAGGUGGAACCGUCUUUUCGCAUCGCAGGACCCGUCGAUGCCCGGACGCACGCUGUCCACCCAUUUUUCUAG